CCCGGAGUGGAUGAGCCUCUCCAUGAGAGAUCCGGUCAUUCCUGGGACGAGUAUGGCCUACCAUCCGUUCCUACCCCACCGCGCGCCGGACUUCGCCAUGAGCGCGGUGCUGGGCCACCAGCCGCCCUUCUUCCCCGCGCUGACGCUGCCUCCCAACGGCGCCACGGCGCUGUCGCUGCCCGGCGCCCUGGCCAAACCGAUCAUGGAUCAAUUGGUGGGGGCGGCCGAGACCGGCAUUCCUUUCUCUUCCCUGGGGCCCCAGGCGCCUCUGAGGCCUCUGAAGGCCCUGGAGCCCGAAGAAGAGGUGGAGGAUGACCCCAAGGUGCAUCUGGAGGCCAAGGAACUUUGGGAUCAGUUCCACAAGCGAGGCACGGAGAUGGUCAUUACCAAGUCCGGCAGGCGAAUGUUUCCUCCAUUUAAAGUAAGAUGCUCUGGACUAGAUAAGAAGGCCAAAUAUAUUUUAUUGAUGGACAUUAUAGCUGCUGAUGAUUGCCGAUAUAAAUUUCAUAAUUCACGGUGGAUGGUGGCGGGUAAGGCUGACCCUGAAAUGCCAAAGCGAAUGUAUAUUCACCCGGACAGCCCGGCUACCGGGGAGCAGUGGAUGUCUAAAGUGGUCACCUUCCACAAACUGAAACUCACCAACAACAUUUCCGACAAGCACGGGUUUAAUUGGCCAAGGGAUCACGCAGCCUGGCAGGGGAGUUAUAGUUUUGGGACUCAGACUAUACUGAACUCCAUGCACAAAUACCAGCCCCGGUUCCACAUCGUGAGAGCCAACGACAUCUUGAAACUCCCUUAUAGUACAUUUCGGACUUAUUUAUUCCCUGAAACCGAAUUCAUCGCUGUGACUGCAUACCAGAAUGAUAAGAUAACUCAGUUAAAAAUAGACAACAACCCAUUUGCAAAAGGUUUUCGAGACACUGGAAAUGGCAGGAGAGAAAAAAGAAAGCAGCUCACCCUACAGUCCAUGAGAGUGUUUGAUGAGCGACACAAGAAGGAGAACGGGACCUCGGAUGAGUCCUCCAGUGAACACGCGACCUUCAGCUGCUUUGCCCAGGCGUCUUCGCCAGCAGUGUCCACUGUAGGGACCUCGAACCUCAAAGACCUGUGUCCCAGCGAAGCCGAGAGUGACGCCGAGGCGGAGAGCAAGGAGGAGCACGUCCCAGAGACCUGCGACGCGGCCAAGAUCUCCACCACCACGUCGGAGGAGCCGAGCCGCGACAAGGGCAGCCCGGCCGCCCUCAAGCCGCACCUCUUCGGGGCCGAGCCCAGCGGCCGGGCCCGGGACAGCGGGCGACCGGACAAGGCGUCCCCAGACUCGCGCCACAGCCCGGCCACCAUCUCGUCCAGCACCCGCGGCCCGGGCGCGGAGGAGCGCAGGAGCCCGGGCGCGGCGGUGGCCAAGGCCGAGGAGGCGCGCGUGCUGCCCGGCAAGGAGGCCUUUGCGCCGCUGCCCGUGCACUCGGACGCGGCCACUGCGCACUUGCAGGGCCCGCUGCCCGGCCUCGGCUUCGCCCCGGGCCUGGCUGGCCAGCAGUUCUUCAACGGGCACCCGCUCUUCCUGCACCCCAGCCAGUUCGCCAUGGGCGGCGCCUUCUCCAGCAUGGCCGCGGGCAUGGGGCCCCUGCUGGCCACCGUGUCCGGCGCGUCCUCCGGUGGCGUCUCCGGCCUGGACUCCACCGCCAUGGCCUCCGCGGCCGCGGCGCAGGGACUGUCUGGGGCCUCCGCGGCCACCCUGCCUUUCCACCUCCAGCAGCACGUCCUGGCCUCCCAGGGCCUGGCCAUGUCGCCCUUCGGAAGCCUGUUCCCCUACCCCUACACCUACAUGGCGGCGGCGGCGGCCGCGUCCUCGGCGGCGGCCUCCAGCUCCGUGCACCGCCACCCCUUCCUCAGCCUCAACAGCCUGCGCCCGCGGCUGCGCUACAGCCCCUACUCCAUCCCCGUGCCGGUGCCCGACGGCGGCGGCCUGCUCGCCACCGCGCUGCCGGCCAUGGCCGCGGGGCCCCUGGACGCCAAAGCCGCCCUGGCCGCCAGCCCCGCCUCGGUCGCCGCGGUGGACUCGGGCUCGGAGCUGAACAGCCGCUCCUCCACGCUGUCCUCCAGCUCCGUGUCCCUGUCGCCCAAACUCUGCUCGGAGAAAGAGGCGGCCAGCAGCGAACUGCAGAGUAUCCAGCGGCUGGUCAGCGGCUUGGAAGCCAAGUCCGAGAGGUCCCGCAGCGAGUCCCCCUAAACCCUCCCCGGCAAAGUCUCUUCAUUCCAGUCCAAUCAAGUCUGCAUUGCACUUUCCUUUGGAUGUAAAACAAACCACAGGGCGGCUGUGGGCUUCCCCUAGCUCUGGGGCCGGUGUCUGGGGAGGGGCGCCGGACUCCCUGGAGAGCCUGCGCUGCAGCCAGGCCCUGUCUUCUCAGUGUGGUUUAUGUAUCCGGGAUCUGGCUCGCAUUCUGGGGGCUCGGAAGCGUCUGUUGCAUUGAGCAAUGGGGGGCAGUGGCGGCUGGGGGGGAGGGCAUUUGAUUCCAGAACGACUUCCUUGAGGCUGUUCUGGAGGCUGUGAGGCCACCCGGGAGGAGGGGAGGUGUUGAAAGCUAUCUUCUCUCCACGUGGAUUUAUAUAUAAAUAUAUUUUUUUCCUUCGCUCUGUCAAGUGGAAACAAAAAUCUAAAAAAAAAUUUUUUUAAACAGGGACAAAUGAAUACAUGACCAUGAUUCUGUUUGUAAAGAUUGAAAACUUUAUAGAGAGCGAGUGACUUGGGAAGAAUCAGUUCUCAGCAAAUGGCUGGGCUGAGGAUGUUGGGGGUGGCAGGUCCUUUCUCUUCUUGUUUAAUCUAUAUUAAGGAAAUCUGUGUCUUUUUAAUAUUCUCGUGAUGUUUUAAGAGCCGCUGUAGGUCUCUUCCUGCAUGUUCCACAGUCAUGUAUUUGUGGGUUUUCAUUUUGGAUGCUUGCUUUAGAGAGAACGAUUUAACCCCAUCCGGUUGCCUUCCCUCAAUCCUGUGCCCUGAACCCCAAAGAAAUGGGAUGGGGGGGCUUCCAGGGAAGGGCUUGGGAAAAGAAAGACUGAAUUUAUUUUAUCUAAGCUCUGUAGCAGGAUUCAUGUUCCUCUCUGGCAGUUCGUUCUCUUUCCUGUAUAUGCAAUAACAAGGUUUUAAAAAAAUAAUAAAGAAGAAGCGAGACUAUUAGACAAAGUAUUUAUGUAAUUAUUCGAUAACUCUUGUAAAUACGUGGAAUAUGAAUGCUCGGAAAAUUAAAGCUUUUAAUUUAUUGACAAUUGUACAUAGCUUUAUGUAAAUAGGUUUGCCUCUGUCAGGUUUUGUUCUUGUUUCUUGUAGUUGGUUUUUAUUUCCAGGUCAAAGGAUUGCUGUUCACACUAGGAGACAGUCUUCCUGCACCAACACCUACACACUUUGAGAAAGAGCUGUCUGCAAAAUUAUUUUUCUUUUUCGUUUUUUUUUUUCAUGUCCAAGAGUACAGGGAAAGUGCUAUUUCCUAUUUUAGCCAAAACUGGGGAGGGGUUUGGCACUUCCCGGCUUCACAUUAAAUUCCUUAAGAUCUAACACCCCCUAUCUCCACCCCGGCCGGGGUCUGAGAUUGCUGUGGGAGGGAGGGGCUGUGGUUUGACUCCUUAAGUUUUCUUUCAUAUUUGUAUUUGCUAGUCUCUGAUUUCCUCAAAACAAAGCGGAAUUUACUGUUGUCAAAUUUGAUGGCGUUUUGCGUUGGUGCCUAAGAGAGGGAAAGAGAGAUUCAUAGUUCAAAAGUUACAUGCUCAGAGCUGGUUUGGAAAGACAAAAACACAUGAAGGUUAUCUUUGUGUUUUAGCUGUUGAUGAGUUCUUUGGUUUUUCUGUGUUUCCCCCCCUCUUUAAAACAUCACUGAAAUUUCAAUAAAUUUUUAUUGAAAUACC